GUGCGCUUAGUCAGCGUGGAGGAAAUACACACUCCUGUCGUGAGGCACUCUAGGCUCUGACGCUAUCCAGCCACACUACAAAAAUGGCGGAAGGGGAGUUGGACGUAGACUCGCUUAUCUCCAGGCUACUGGAAGUGCGGGGAUGUCGCCCCGGGAAGAUUGUUCAGAUGACGGAGUCGGAGGUGAGGGGGCUCUGUGUCAAGUCCAGAGAGAUCUUCCUCAGCCAGCCCAUUCUAUUGGAGCUGGAGGCGCCACUCAAAAUCUGUGGGGACAUCCACGGGCAGUACACAGACCUGCUGCGGCUCUUUGAGUACGGGGGGUUCCCCCCCGAGAGUAACUACCUGUUCCUGGGGGACUACGUGGACCGGGGCAAGCAGAGCCUGGAGACCAUCUGCUUGCUGCUGGCCUACAAGAUCAAAUACCCCGAGAACUUCUUCCUGCUGCGCGGGAACCACGAGUGCGCCUCCAUCAACCGCAUCUACGGCUUCUACGACGAGUGCAAGCGGCGGUUCAACAUCAAGCUGUGGAAGACCUUCACCGACUGCUUCAACUGCCUGCCCAUCGCUGCCAUCGUGGACGAGAAGAUCUUCUGCUGCCAUGGAGGUCUUUCGCCUGAUCUUCAGUCCAUGGAGCAGAUCCGGCGCAUUAUGAGGCCCACUGAUGUCCCGGAUACGGGGCUGUUGUGCGACCUGCUCUGGUCGGACCCCGAUAAGGACGUCCUGGGCUGGGGAGAGAACGACCGCGGAGUGUCCUUCACCUUCGGAGCUGACGUGGUCAGCAAGUUCCUCAACCGCCACGACCUCGACCUGGUCUGCAGAGCGCACCAGGUGGUGGAGGACGGCUACGAGUUCUUUGCUAAGCGGCAGCUGGUUACUCUGUUCUCAGCGCCGAACUACUGCGACGAGUUUGACAACGCCGGUGGGAUGAUGAGUGUGGACGAGACCCUGAUGUGCUCCUUCCAGAUCCUGAAGCCGUCUGAGAAGAAAGCAAAGUACCAGUACGGAGGGAUGAAUUCAGCGCGUCCCGUCACCCCGCCCCGAACAGCUGCUCAACCAAAGAAGCGGUGAAAAAAAAAACAGAAGGGUGAAAGCGCGAAGGGGGGGGCGGGGGGUAUUGUGGAAUUGCGAGACCCCCUCCCCCUCUUCUUCGUUUUCAAGAGAAUACACGAGCUGAAGCUUUUUACCGAAACAGAAAAGAUCCCUUCCCGUUCGUCCCCCAGACUGUCUCUUCUGUAAAUCGGCUUUUCCCGCACGUCCAGCGUCCGUCCGUCUUUCGCCCGUCUAUUUGUUUACACGCAGUGUUUAAACUCCACCGAGUCGCCUCGUCGCUCCCUGCUCGGCUCGGGAACGCUGGCUUUCCCGCCUAUUCGCCACGGCAACCGGCACGCGCAGCUCCUCCAACGUUUUUUAGUUUUUCUUUUUUUUGCCAAGGAAGAAUAAUCGCCCAAAUGACUGCUGGUUCUUCAAUAAAGGUUUUGGGGAAUUGA